AUGUCGACGAUUGCGCGCAGAGGUAUCCAUUUCAUGCAGAGACUGAAUUCCGCGAAUGUAUCUGCUGCUUUGCUAGAGAAGGGGCAAAAUCGUGUAAUCGAUGCUUCACUUACUCUUAUUAGAGAAAGAGCAAAGCUUAAGGCAAAACUUGUGCGUGCUUUGGGAGGUGCUGUUGCAACUUCAUCGCUUCUUGGAGUUCCUUUGGGACACAAUUCAUCAUUCCUUCAAGGGCCUGCAUUUGCGCCACCUCGCAUUAGGGAGGCCAUUUGGUGUGGUAGCACAAACUCGUCAACCGAAGAAGGUAAGGAUUUAAAAGACGCACGAGUGCUAACUGAUGUCGGUGAUGUCCCUAUUCAAGAAAUUCGAGAUUGUAGCGUAGAUGAUGAAAGAUUGAUGAAUGUCAUUAGUGAAUCUGUCAAGUUAGUGAUGGAAGAGGCUCCACUAAGACCCUUAGUUUUAGGUGGUGAUCACUCAAUAUCAUUUCCAGUUAUUAGAGCUGUCUCGGAGAAGCUUGGAGGACCAGUUGAUGUUCUUCAUAUUGAUGCGCAUCCCGACAACUAUGACGCAUUUGAAGGGAACAUUUAUUCCCAUGCUUCUCCCUUUGCUCGUGUCAUGGAGGGUGACUAUGUUCGGCGACUCUUGCAGGUUGGUCUUCGAACAAUAACACCUGAAGGACGUGCACAAGCAAAAAAAUUUGGGGUCGAGCAAUAUGAAAUGCGAACAUUUUCCAGAGAUCGCCCCUUCCUAGAGAGCCUGAAACUAGGGGAAGGUGUGAAAGGGGUGUAUAUCUCAAUAGACGUGGAUUGUCUCGAUCCUGCAUUUGCUCCAGGAGUGUCUCAUAUUGAACCGGGAGGUCUUUCUUUCCGCGAUGUUCUUAACAUCCUACACAAUCUUCAAGGUGAUGUUGUUGCUGGAGAUGUCGUUGAAUUCAACCCACAACGCGAUACCGUUGACGGAAUGACUGCUAUGGUAGCUGCUAAGUUGGUCAGAGAAUUGGCUGCAAAGAUUGCAAAAUGA